GAAUGGGACGCUCCAGCUCAUCCGCGGCUCCCACAGGAGGUCCGACCUUUAUCAGCACUUCCUGUCACCAGAUGGGGCUUUGGCUCCCUUCAUCCCGGAGGAGACCUUACCCAUGGGUGAGCGUGUGCUGGCCCUGCUGAAUCCUGGAGAUGCAGUUUUCUUUUCCCAGCGCACAGUCCACGGCGGCUGUGGGCCGAACCUCUCGCAGUCCGUCCGCUGGGCCGUUGACCUAAGGUGGCAAAGCCACGGGGAUCCCAAUUUUCUCACGGGGCGCAAAGACACCGUGAAGCUGUGGGAUGCCGAGACGGGGCCCGAAGCAGUUGAU